CUCUUAGCAUUGGCAGCUGGCUUUGCCGUUGGUGCCGGCAAUUAUGUGAUGGAGCACUUGGGCUUCAAAUUAUGCCAGUGGCUGGAGAAGAAGGGGCAGAUGCGGAGGCUCGCGCCAGGGGCAAAAAGAAUAUAUGUUGAGCACCCGCUGAGCAACAUUUGGUCAGUGGGAGCUCCAUAUGUGCUGCUGUACUAUGUCGUUGCCAGACAUCUCUGGCCGCGGCUCUGGAGCAAUAUGUACAUCAGCCUUGCCCCUCUGGACGUGUUUGCAAUGGUUCUUCAUGACGCAUGGUUCUUUGCUGUUCACCAGACCUUUCACAAGGUGAAGCCGCUGUACAAGAAGGUGCACUCGCAGCACCAUGAGAUAGGAUCAGCAAUAACCGCUCAUGGGACAGCAUUUGGAGAUGCAGCAGACAUCGGCCUCUGUUUUGUUGCGUUCCAUCUCGUCAUCGGCAUCUUCCUUUCCUACCAGCAGCGUUGGAACUUGGCAGCACUUGUCCUUCUCAUCAUCUUUGAGGUGGGCACAAAUAUUCUUGGCCACACUGGCUAUGAGGCACCGCUGUGGCUGCAUGCGCUGGUGACAGCAGGAGUGGGCCUGACGCCGAUGGCUGCAACCUCAAAGGCUCAUUACUUGCACCAUGUGGACCCUCGCUAUAACAGGGGCCUGUACUUUACCUGGUGGGACAGGCUGUUCUGCACAUACCGAGAGGACCACCCGCUCAUCUUUCCUGGAGCAAAGUGA